UCGCCUUCUCCGCAAGGCAUGCCGUUGUUGUGUGACAAAACAACACCAUUAAAAGGCGUUGGAAUAGUUUGGUGAGCAUUACUGCAGCUUCUCUGUUUCUGCAUCUCGAAGGAGCAAGGGGUAAAACAACAAAACAGAUCACCCAUCAAAUAUCCUGUACCCAGUUCCACCAUGAAUAUCCAGUCCGCUAUCAACAGGGAGGUGUUUGCUCCCCGGGAUGAGAGGAUGCUAGUGGCCGUGGAGGUCAAGAGGAGAAAAAGGAAAAGAGUCCCCUUUCUUCCCACUGGAGGCAAGGGAGAAUACAUGACAUACAUCUGUUUGUCAGUGACCAAUAAGAGGCCAGCUCAGCUCCUCAUCACCAAGGUCAAGCGGUUUGGAGGCUCCGCCCCCUUCACCAGGAGGUCACAGUGGGCCGUGGAGCAGCUCCGCCAGGUCAACGGCAUCAACCCCAACAAGGACUGCCCAGAGUUUGACCUGGUGUUCGACAAUGCCUUUGACCAAUGGGUGGCCAGCUCAGCACCAGAGAAGUGCAUCUUCAUCCAGAUCAUGUACCACGCCUGUCAGACCUACUGGGAGGGCAAGGAGGGGGUCCCUGGUGGCCCGGCUAGCCCAGCUGGGGACCAGCAGAAAGGCCAAAGAGGUCAAGGGGGCCAGAGUAGCCCAGGGGCCCAGGGGGGCCAGAGUAGCCCAGGGGCCCAGGCUAGACGGAAGAGCACCGUGGGUCCCAGGCCCCGCCAGACUGAGUUUGUUAACUGUCAGUCCAAACUCACAGGAGAUGCCUGCACAAUGAAUCUGGUCAUGUACCGUUGCAAGGUCUUUUUCAACCGCAUGAAGAAGGUGAUGGUUUCAAACCAAAGCCGUUCUCAGGCUGGAGCAGGUCCUAGAGCAGGUCCCAGUGGGCAGCACCCCCCAGGGGGCAGUAUGGGUAGUGUAGUCCAGAGGGCCAGCCAGGCCCUGCAGGAGCGUGGGGAGAGACUGGGCCGGGCCGAGGACAAGACGGCAGACCUGAUGCACACAGCCCAGCAGUUUGCAGACACUGCUCACAAGCUGGCUCUGAAGUAUUCAAACUAGAGGCAAAUCUUCCUGUGGAUCUGCUCCUGGAGUCAUUGGCCCAAAUGUACAUUAAUUCUAGGUAAUAACAUCUAUACUAAUGUUGGACUGCGUUGAAACUAAUGGACUAAUGUUGGACUGAGUUGAAACCCAGUGGACACACUGCAAUUCCUCUGUGAAGAAUACUAUCUAUUCUAAGGGAGUACUGGGUUAUUGUACUUGCUCUUAGGACUUUGACUGUGGACAAGCAACUGUCACUUAUGUCAGAAGGACAUGAAAACGUUUACAGAUGGGCAAUGGUGAGGACGAUCCAGGAAUGGACCCCAGUAUUAAAGAAUUACCUUUCACCUCUAGAAUGGGACCUGUGGAUUACAUGAUGGUGUCCUUUCAUGGGAUAGAUAGCUGGUAUACUGGAUAGCAAUGUUGUGUUACAAUGCUCCCACUGAUUGAGUGUCUUCCCUGCUUCAGUAGCCUCUGCUCUGAUAACAAUAAUUUUUGAUUUUAUUCAUUAACUUUUGUUUCGUGCGGUUUUAGAUAUUUUAAUAUGGAUUUAUGAAUUCACACAGUGAACAGAUGACAAGUGAAGUUGAGAACUUACGUGUCUUCUCCACUAUGAAUGUAUUAUUUCAAUGGUGGUUUGCUCAUUGCUUAAAUUAUUGAUAAUUUAUGACUGAAUAGGCACACACAAAGAGCAGCUUGUGAAUAUUGGCACGAACAGAUGCAACUCGGAUUGCACAUUUAUUCCUGGUGUUAUCAUUUUCUAUAGUUUUCUCGAUGUAUUGUUGGGAAGGGCCCGUAUGUAAGCAUUUCACUGUUUGUCUACACUUGUUUUACGAAGCAUGUGACAAACCCAUUUUGUAGAUGGUUUUUACAAAUUACACAUUCAUUGAAUGUUUGAAUGGCAUUGAAUGCAUAAGUAUGGCUCUUUAAGGUUAUUGCCUUCAUGUUUUGUCAGAGCAGGUGCAGGGGAACGAGGAACACCUGGUGAAAUAAUGUUUUUCUUUGCAUGGUUGUGUAAUAGUCUAAUUUGCUUUCACUAUUUUUCAAUGCUCAAUUCCUCCAGUACGCUUUCCCUGCUUGUAUCAAAACCAUUGGUUAGUCACCAAUCACUAUUCCAAAUUCAAGUUAAUAUAUUCCUAUUUGAUCCUUGAUCUUGUCUCUUGUCUUUGUCUAAUCGUGUUUGAUUCAUUGAUCCCCUGAAUUGUCACUGUCUUGUCACGUAUGUCAUCUGUUUUUGUCUCUUGUGCCAUAUUUACAUGUAUGCAUGUACUUUUUUUUAUCUUCAAAUGAUGGUCCCGUGUCAAAAAUAGUUAAGUGUAGCAGUUGGAAUGAUGGGUUCAUGUAUGUAGACAGGGCUCUUCUAGGUGAGGUCAUAAGCAAGGUAUUUAAUGUUGACUGUAAAUGUUUGUGUGUGAUGGUAAUCACUUCCACCCAGCCGGCUCUAUGCGGUAGCAAAUUGAUCCUGGGGAUGAGGUUAGUGUGAUGAAGGUUCUGAUUAACACUGUAGAGAUGAGACCGUUGAGUUGGAUAGUGAUGAGGAGACUGGUAGAGAUGAGAUGGGUUCAGUUGGUUAGUGAUGAGGGUUGGUUAGGAGGAAGGUCUAGUUGUUGAAGGUCUAGCUAUAUGCUGUUUGCUGUUUUGACGCCUAGUGAUAAUGUUUUUAUUCUACACAGUACAGACAGAGUUUACAGGUAAACGCCACCCCAAAACUAUCUUUUGGUAUUUGUUUCAGUAGUCCAUUGUUGACAUAGUCUCAAAAUGGUUUGCUUGUCAGCAAUCAAGUUUUCAAUAUAUGUAACUUUUAAAAUAUAGAAAUCAUCCCCCUAUGGUGCAUUUUGUAUCAUGAUGCUGCGUCUUACAUAUAUUGAAAACUUGAUUGCUUACAAGCAAAACAUUUUGGGACUAUGUCAACAAUGGACUAAUGAAACAAAUACCAAAAGUCUUUGGGUGGAAUUUUCCUGUAAUUGAUAUGCUUUAGCAGCUGGGGCAGUAUGUCCCUCUUUAUGCUGAAAGUCUCAUAGAGAGUGAGAGGGUAGUCUUAUCUCUGUCUUCAGAGUACUCUUAUUAGAAUGAAGCUUAACUGUGGCAGCUAACUGUCAGGAGUGGAAUCCAAAGAUGGCACUUGUCCUGACUGCACGUUUGCUGUUGCUAUAUUACUGCUGUGGCGAAAUAUUGGUUAGAAUCUAAAUUCAUUGUCCAAGAAGAGUGCCUUACUACCGUUAUAGCCUGAUCGUGGAGGUAAACCCUGUACUGACAUCUGUUAUUAUUCCUAGAAAUGCCUACUAUUUAACAUUGCCUUAUACUACACAGAGGUUCAAGUACUGUUCUAAGUGUAAAUGAGAUUUGUUGUACUGUCUUUAAUGAGAAGAAGAUCAAUGACCUUAACCCUGCUUUUUGACCCAAUAAAUGAAAUGGGACCCA